UUGUAAUAUACUGCUAUGAAUGUAAAUGUCUUUAGUUUAGGCUGCUGUUUUUAUAUUUCUGUUUUUCCACAGUGGGGUGCUGAGAGGGGAGGGAAGAAGAAGAAGAAGGAAAGGGACUUGGAAGAGCUGAAGAAGGAGGUGGCCUUGGAUGACCAUAGAAUAUCCAUGGAUGAAUUGGGAAAACGCUAUGGAGUGGACCUGACACGGGGCCUGACCAAUGCCAGAGCUGCAGAGAUUCUGGCCAGGGACGGUCCAAACGCUCUGACUCCUCCCCCCACAACCCCAGAGUGGGUCAAGUUCUGCCGUCAGCUGUUCGGUGGUUUCUCCAUCCUGCUGUGGAUCGGUGCUGUCCUCUGCUUCCUGGCUUACAGCAUCCAGGCGGGCCUGGAGGACGAGCCAGCUAAUGACAAUCUAUAUCUGGGCGUGGUGCUGGCUGCCGUGGUGAUCAUCACGGGUUGUUUCUCCUACUUCCAAGAGGCCAAGAGCUCUCGAAUCAUGGAAUCCUUUAAGAAAAUGGUGCCACAGCAAGCAAUGGUUAUUCGCGAGGGGGAGAAGAUGCAGAUCAACGCAGAACAUGUGGCCUUAGGAGACCUGGUAGAGAUUAAAGGUGGAGACCGGGUUCCCGCUGACCUUCGAGUGAUCUCUUCCAGUGGAUGCAAGGUGGACAAUUCGUCCCUGACGGGAGAAUCUGAGCCUCAAACUCGCUCCCCUGAGUCAACACAUGACAAUCCUCUGGAGACCCGCAGCAUCUGUUUCUUUUCCACCAACUGUGUCGAGGGCACAGCUCAAGGCAUUGUGAUAGCCACUGGUGACAAAACUGUGAUGGGUCGCAUUGCCACCUUGGCGUCUGAACUGGAGGUGCGCCAGACGCCCAUCAGCAUUGAAAUUGAACAUUUCAUCCAAAUCAUCACUGCUCUGGCAGUUUUUCUGGGCAUGAGCUUCUUCAUCCUGUCACUUAUCCUGGGCUACACCUGGCUCGAGGCCGUCAUCUUCCUCAUUGGCAUCAUAGUGGCCAACGUGCCGGAGGGCCUGCUGGCUACAGUCACAGUGUGCCUGACUCUCACUGCCAAGCGAAUGGCCAAGAAGAACUGCCUGGUGAAGAACCUGGAAGCUGUAGAGACUCUCGGCUCCACCUCCACCAUCUGCUCCGACAAGACGGGCACACUGACCCAGAACCGCAUGACUGUGGCCCACAUGUGGUUUGACAAUCAGAUCCAUGAGGCAGACACCACCGAGGACCACAGUGGUUCUGUAUUUGACAAGAGCUCUGGUACUUGGGCCUCUCUGUCUCGCGUGGCUGGUCUGUGCAACAGAGCCGUUUUCAGACCUGGACAGGAGCACCUCUCCAUCCUGAUGAGGGACACAGCGGGGGACGCGUCAGAGUCAGCCCUGCUGAAAUGCAUCGAGGUGUGUUCUGGGAGUGUUCGUGACAUGAGAGCCAGAAACCCCAAAGUGGCUGAGAUCCCCUUCAACUCCUCCAAUAAGUUCCAGCUCUCCAUCCAUGAAGUGGAGGAAAGUCCCUCUGGUCAUCUACUAGUGAUGAAGGGUGCACCAGAGAGAAUCUUGGACAGGUGCAGUACCAUCUUGAUAUAUGGCCAGGAGGAACCUCUUGAUGAAGGCUGGAAAGAUGCCUUCCAGAAUGCCUACUUGGAGCUGGGCGGACUGGGAGAGAGAGUGCUCGGAUUCUGCCACUUGAAUCUGUCUUCAUCCCAGUUUCCUCGAGGAUUCACCUUCGACUGCGACGACACAAACUUCCCCACGGAGCAGCUCUGCUUUCUGGGUCUCAUCUCUAUGAUUGAUCCGCCGCGUGCUGCUGUGCCCGACGCUGUGGGUAAAUGCCGCUCUGCUGGCAUCAAGGUAAUUAUGGUAACUGGAGACCACCCUAUUACAGCCAAGGCCAUUGCUAAAGGGGUGGGCAUCAUCUCUGAGGGCAACGAGACGGUUGAGGAUAUCGCUGAGAGACUGAACAUCCCUCUGAGCCAAGUUAACCCCAGGGAUGCCAAGGCUUGUGUGGUGCACGGCUCAGACUUAAAGGACAUGAGCUCUGAGUACCUGGACGACCUGCUAAGGAACCACACUGAGAUUGUGUUUGCUCGCACCUCUCCUCAGCAGAAGCUCAUCAUCGUGGAGGGCUGCCAGAGACAGGGGGCAAUCGUGGCUGUGACAGGGGAUGGAGUGAACGACUCUCCGGCUUUGAAGAAGGCAGACAUCGGCGUUGCCAUGGGGAUUGCUGGUUCUGAUGUGUCCAAGCAGGCAGCUGACAUGAUCCUCCUGGAUGACAACUUUGCCUCCAUCGUUACCGGAGUGGAGGAGGGUCGUCUCAUCUUUGAUAACUUGAAGAAGUCCAUUGCUUACACAUUAACCAGCAACAUACCAGAGAUCUCACCCUUCCUCCUGUUCAUCAUCGCUAGUGUUCCUCUUCCUCUGGGAACUGUCACCAUCCUCUGCAUCGACCUGGGCACCGACAUGGUUCCUGCUAUCUCCUUGGCUUAUGAGACGGCUGAGAGCGACAUCAUGAAGCGGCAACCAAGAAAUCCGAAAACCGACAAGCUGGUCAAUGAACGUCUCAUCAGCAUGGCAUACGGACAGAUAGGUAUGAUCCAGGCUUUGGCUGGUUUUUUUACCUACUUUGUAAUUCUGGCUGAAAAUGGCUUCCACCCAAGAGACCUGCUGGGCAUCCGCAUCAGCUGGGAUGACCGUGAAGUCAACGACCUGGAGGACAGCUAUGGGCAGCAGUGGACCUAUGAACGGAGGAAGAUUAUUGAAUUCACCUGCCACACAGCCUUCUUUUCCAGCAUUGUGGUUGUCCAGUGGGCUGAUCUGAUCAUCUGCAAAACCAGGAGGAAUUCUCUGUUUCAACAAGGCAUGAAGAACAGGAUCCUAAUCUUUGGCCUGUUUGUAGAGACGGCCCUGGCUGCCUUCCUCUCUUACUGCCCUGGAAUGGAUGUGGCCCUGCGCAUGUACCCCAUGAGGAUUCUUUGGUGGUUCUGUGCCUUCCCGUACAGCCUUCUCAUUUUUGUUUAUGAUGAAGUUCGUAAAUUCAUUUUGCGGAGGAGCCCAGGAGGUUGGGUGGAGCAGGAGACAUAUUAUUAACAUUCAGAAAAUGUCAGUUUGCAUUGUGUGUGCAUGUGUAUGUGCGUGAUUUACUUCCAGGCUUUGUGAGGGCAAAACUGCAUGUGUGUCUGUCAGAUGUAAUAUUGCAUGGAUCAGUUCACAAAUCUGAUUAUCAUAAAAUACUGCUGAAAAUAAGCUUGUGAGUGUUCCUUUCUCCUGUUUCAUCAGAAAACAUUAGUAUCCGUAUGAUGUUUUUCUACACCUUUGUGCCUUAUGUAAACACUUACUGAAGUGAUGUAUUGUGGCCUUUCUUGACGAACAGCAAAUGAUUUUCAUCAGUUGAAAGUUUUAGAAUAAAAUGCAUUACAAUUUA